CCCAUUCACCAGCGCCGGGUCCGUCUGCCGCUAUAAAGCGCUAGGGUUUUACUCGUCUCCUCCCCCAAGCCGCCACUCUCCCCAACCCCACAGCGCGCCUCCGGCUCAAACCCUAGCCGACCGGAGCAACGAAGGAAUGGGGAAGGGUACGGGCAGCUUCGGCAAGCGCCGGAACAAGACGCACACGCUCUGCAUCCGGUGCGGCCGCCGGAGCUUCCACCUCCAGAAGAGCACCUGCUCCUCCUGCGGAUACCCCGCCGCCCGCAUCCGCAAAUAUAACUGGAGUGUGAAGGCCAUCCGGCGCAAGACCACUGGAACUGGGAGGAUGAGGUACCUUCGCCACGUGCCUCGCCGUUUCAAGAGCAACUUCAGAGAAGGGACUGAGGCUACCCCCAGGAAGGCUGCUGCUGGUGCAAACUAAGUCUGGAUGUUGCCACCAAGAGCCGCAGACGCUAGAAAUUGGAACUUUUUUGGCUGAAUUGUACAGUCUGAACUAUUUAGACGCCAUACUAUGGAAGUAGUAUUGGUUUGUCUAACUUUAAAUUGAAGUCGGACGAACAUCUGAAUUCGUGGCUCCAUGGUUUCAUGUAUCGUUUUGGUGAGCAGUGCAUGCUUUACAGAAAUUUCAAUGUUUUGUGGCACUAGUGCACAGCUAAUCCUGCAAACAAUUGUGCCUGUGCUCGUAGCGGUCUUUAUCAA